GGAAUCUAACUGCUCGCCCCUCUGCCCAUAGAUCACCGACUUCCAUGAAUCAAGAACUGCUGAAAUCGGCUCAAGCUAUUUUUAGAAAUGUCUCGUCUCGUCCCUCUGGCCGUGGUCGUCCUGCUCUCCUGUGGAACGUGGCGUCCGGCUGCGGCUGAUGUUGGUGAUUUUGCUCCUUGCCUGCAGUUCUUCUACAGGUCAUGGCCUCCUAAAGGUCUGGUGGGGACCCCGAUCUGCCAGCGCUUCAUCAACCAGUAUCGGUUUGCCACGUUGUACAAUCGAACUCGCCGCUCGCCGUGGUUCUCGGCCUAUUUGUACACAGUGCCGGUGGGAAAGAGGCCCUCAGCUUCCUGGAAGUUUGAGCCACAGUUAGCGUACCCAGGAGCCGAUGGCACCAUGAUCCCCUUCCCUCCCGGCCCUGUGGACCAGAACGUGGUGGACAGUCAGGCGGUGGGGCACGACUACAUUAAUUCCACCUACUCCCGGGGCCACAUGAACCCCAGCCUUCACCAUCGGAGCCAUGAAGACCGCUCUUCCACCUUCACCCUCACUAAUGUGGUUCCUCAGAAGGCCGGCUCUAACGAUGGCCCCUGGGAGGUCCUAGAGCAGACCGUUAACAAAACCCUGGCGGCCUACUGCCUUGGAGAUGCGUACGUAGUGACCGGGGUCAUCCCCUAUCAGAGCGAGGAGCACUGGCUCAAGAAUCAUCGUGUGGCUGUGCCGGAGUAUAUCUGGUCGGCCUACUGCUGCCCAAAGUACAACAACAGUCUUCCAGAGGAGCUGAGGGACGCCUUUCCCACAUAUGCUGCCAUCGGCCGCAACGACUGCAACAGCACCGAGGAGAUCGUGCCCGUUGACCCGACGGCUAAGAAACAGUUCAGAGGAUAUGACGUGAAGCGGAUGCCGCUGGAAUUACUGGAGCUGUAUCUGAAGGACCGGUUCGCUGCUGUCGUCAGUGUUUUUUAUGAGCAGUGCUCUGGAUCGGACUAAUUAGUUCUAAAUGAUUUUAUUUUAUUUUUUUUUUUUUCAAAUGCGUCUCCAGCAAAAUGACAAAAGACUAAAAAGUGUGCCACAAAAGCUGCUCGAGUAAAAAGAAGCCAACUUUGACUUUAACACAUUUUAGGGUUUUGUUUUUUUCUGAAUUUGUUUUGGUAAAACAGACACAACACAAUAUAAAGAAAGUUUAAUAGAAAACAGGAUGAACUUUAUGACACUUUGUUCCUGACAGACAAAAGUUAUACUUCACAUGGAGUCACUCACACAUAAAUAAAUAAAAUUUAAAAAAUAGAUACAAUUAGCUUAGCUCAGCAUAAAGUCCUUAUGCUAAGCUUAGCUAAUUGAAUCCUUGCAUCCAGGCGUUAUGCUAAGCUAAUCUAAGCUAACUGGCUGCUGGUUGUAGCCUUUUAUCUAACGAGCAGAUACAAGUUAUUUAUUUUAAAUGAAUAUCUAACUUUAUAGAAAAUGGAUCUAACUUUUUUGGAGGGAAGCUGAGCUGCUCUGGACGAGCAACUCCGACCUCACAGAAAUAGAUCUAUAAUAAACUAAUGCUGCACCCAACACUUACGACCAGCAGAUGGCGUCCCUGCGCUAUACAGGCAGCAUAUGAGACUGAACUUGCUGCAACUUCAAGGAAUUAACUUUAUUAAGUUUCAUCUGCAUAGAAUCAGUCGGUUGUUCAAACAAACACCUUUUAUUAUGAUGAACUUAAUAUUCUUCUUUAUUUUUAAAACAA